AUGCUGGACGAUAAAGCGCAGACGUCGAAGCGCAACGCUGCAUCGAGAGGUUCGUCUUUUUACAUUGAGAAUUUGCUGCGAACCGCAGACAGAGGAGCUCCAGCUGAGGAGCGGGUGGAGAUCGGGAUCUCCACUCGGGAUCCGGACUCCAGAGUUACCGUCCACAGCCCGGUGGUGUGUCCGGGACGUCUGGAGACCGAGGAGCUGAACUGGAGAGGGACGUCACCAAACACAGUGAUCCACAGCUCAAGAAGUCCACGCAGCGACCGGGAUUCCCCGGCUUUAACGGGACAGGCGGAGGAGAAGGAGGGAGACAGUUUGACGGAUGAGAGAGAGGACGACACACCCUCCUCCUGCUUCUCUCGAGAGGACGGCUCUGACCCAGGUGACACAAAAGUGGCCCGGAAGAAGAAGACCCGCACCGUGUUCAGCCGCGGUCAGGUCUUCCAGCUGGAGUCCACGUUCGACCUGAAGCGCUACCUGAGCAGCACGGAGCGGGCCGGCCUGGCCUCCUCGCUGCAGCUCACCGAGACCCAGGUCAAGAUCUGGUUCCAGAACCGCAGGAACAAGUGGAAGAGGCAGAUCAGCGAGGACAUGGAGGCGGGCGGCAGCGCGGCGGUGGCCUCGCGCCCCUAUGCCCAACAGAGGGUCAUCAGAGUUCCCGUGCUGUAUCGCGAGAGCAGCCUGCGUCAAGUGUCCCCCCUGUCUGUGGGCUUCCCUAAUGCGAUUAGCUAUCCAUUGACUUCUCACUUCACUCAUCCUGUGUCGUUCCUGACGCCACAGAUGGCCGGACUGGUGGGACUUUGA